GAGACUCUUUCUUGUUCUGCCAUUAUGGUCAACGUUAAAUGGAAUUCCGAACGCAUUACAUUCGAACUUCCUCCUCCUAAUACACCUCUCGGUGUUGUCAGAGACGCCAUCGCAGAAUAUACUCACUUGCCUCGCAAUGGCUUCAAGCUCAUUCACAAGGGUGCAAUACUACGAGACGACAAUGCAUCCAGUCGGUUGACGUCUACGUACAAACGUAUUGGUAGCUCAUCCUGUAUAGUAUCUGCCUUUCACCUGAAGGACACCUCGACGAUCGCCGUCGUGGAAAUCGGAUCUGCGCCCGCGAACGCAGCCCAUCCAACGACGUCGAAUGUCCGCACAGAACAGGCCACGAUCUCCGCUAUCCACUCUCAAAUGGAAAAUGUGCGCUCGGAACUGUCUCCCGCCGUCGAAGUCUUGCUUGCAUCACCGGAAGCACACCGACUGCCCCGUUCCAAGGAGCAUUUACGUCUCUCCGAGCUCCUGCUUCAGGCUCUACUGCGAUUAGAUGGUAUCACAACCGAGGGUGAUUGGGAGCUUGCUCGUCAAGAGCGCAAGUCUGCGGUGAAGGAGGUGCAAAAUCUACUAGACCGAUUGGACAGUGCCGGCAGCUGAUUUCCACUGCAAAGCAGCGACGGUAGACAUAUGGACUGUAUAUUAGAGAUUGCUUGCAAAUGGAAGUCGAUUUAGGGCACAUGGACUGGGUUCCAGCUGAUGGCACCGUCCUUGCCCUGAUCCAUGGCAUCAAGGGCCGACAUGUCCUCCUCAUCCAACUCGAAAUCGUACAAUUUAGCAUUGGAGUGAAUGCGGGACGGUGUUUCGCUCUUAGGCAAAGGAACGAAACUAACAUGAUGUUAGGCAAGUGGGGCGAAGAACUGUGAAGCUCUCACCCUUUCUGCAAUGACCACCGAAGUAGCACUUGAGCGGGCUCGCGUUUGUGCUGUGAGAGUUAUAUCAGUCUCAGUGGAUAGCGGGAAGUUACGUCUGUUACUUUCUCAGCAAUGCUAGUAAUUGAUGGGUGAUCCAUCUUGCCGCGAAUGAUGGGACAAUACGCUUGGACCACGAUCGAGUUGGCCUUGCAAUAGUCGACAAUCGGCUUUUGUUGACAGAGCGGAUGCAACUAAGGGAACAUUCAACAACUAGCUGAUCCA